GUGGGGCUCCAGGCUGGAGCCUGAGCAGGGGAGGGGGGCUCAGCCACCACCCUGCUCCCCAAAGUGACUCAGCCCCCAUAUCCCCACCCAUCCCUGGGGAGCCUGGGCCUCAGUAGGAAGCGGAUAAAUGGGGUGGCAGCCUGGGCUGGCUGGAGAGCUCAGGCCACUCCAGCUGGACACUCGCUGCCUGCCACUUCUGUCCUGCCUCCCAUGGCCCGCUCUGGGAAUGCUGCAUCACCUGCCCCGGCCCCAGGAGCCCCUCCACGGAGCCCAUCCUGGGGGCUUGUACAGGAUGUCAAUGGGCCACCGAGGGAGCUACGCCCUCGGCUCUGCCACCUGCGAAAGGGCCCCCAGGGCUACGGGUUCAACCUGCACAGUGACAAGACCCGGCCCGGACAGUAUAUUCGUUCUGUGGACCUGGGCUCGCCUGCCGCCCACUCCGGCCUCCUCGCCCGGGACCGACUCAUUGAGGUGAACGGGCAGAAUGUGGAGGGGCUGCGCCACGCGGAGGUGGUCGCCAGCAUCAAGGCGCGGGAGGACGAGGCCCGGCUGCUGGUGGUCGACCCAGAAACAGAUGAGUACUUCAAGCGGCUGCGGGUCACACCCACUGAGGAGCAUGUGGAAGGUCCACUGCCAUCACCAGUCACCAAUGGGACCAGCCCUGCCCAGCUGAAUGGUGGCUCAGCGUGUUCGUCCCGAAGCGAUCUGCCUGGCUUAGACAAGGACACUGAGGUAGACGGCAGCACCUGGAAGCGAGACCCCUUUCAGGAGAGUGGCCUCCACCUGAGCCCCACGGCAGCCGAGGCCAAGGAGAAGGCCAGAGCCACCCGGGUCAACAAGCGGGCGCCGCAGAUGGACUGGAACCGGAAGCGCGAGAUCUUCAGCAACUUCUGAGCCCCUCCCUGCCCAUUCGCUGGGCCCAGGCCUCCUCCCUGCACGGACCUCGGGCCUCGCUCCUCGGGCCUAGCCCAGAGCUCCCCAAGCCUCAGUGAACUGGAGGGGGUGCAUACGCACCCCCAGAAACUGUGGUGGUCCCACCACCACCCAGGAACCAACCCGUGUCCCAGUGAGCCCCCUUCUGCCCCCUUCCUGCUGGGUGCUGGGGGAGUGUGGCAGCAAGAUGGGCGAGAAGGAGCCCUUGAAAUGUGGGAGAGAG